AUGAACUCGCUGCAAGGCCUGGCUCUUCUCUGCGGGAUCUGCCUGGUGUGUUUCGGCCGGGCGGACGGCUUCCAGGACAUCCCAGAUAACCUGAGCAAGGCCAUCAACAAGCUGAACGACCACUUUAACGUGAACGACAAGGCCCUGUUCGGAAACCCCAUUUUUCUGAAGGACCUGACCAACGGCGAUGUCAAGUACGAGGAGAGUGAGCAGAAGCUUCUGCUCCACGAGAUCCUGGAGGUGUACGACAGCAUCCUGGCGGACAUGCUGAACCGCACGCAGGACGAGGACCUGAAAGGGAGCAUCGAGGAAGUCAAGCACCAACUGGACAAGCAGAGAAGGAGCUACUUCCACCACAAGGAGCACGCUCUGAAGAAGAGGCUGCAAGAUCUGUGGGCCAUGAAGACCAGCGAUGCGGUCGUUCAGCGCAAGGCGGUGCGGGAGCUGGGCUGGGUGAUCCAGAGGGUGGUCGAAGUGAUGACCAAAAAGCCCAUCAGACAACACCGGAGACGCAGGCGUCAAAUCAGCCGAGCCCAGCUGGGGCGGAAAAGUGCAUUCUAA